UAUCAUCGGAAGUAAUGCGGACAUCCUCAGAAUGACCACGUCAUGUGAAAGGUGACGAACGUUCACACCAAUUUCAUCCGAACUGAAACUUAGAAAUUGACAUUUCGAUUUCCGGAGUUUUAAAAUGUGGACAAAGUAUGGAUUAAAAAAAAAAACAAUAGAUGAACACUGUAACAGUCGAUACGCUUAGUCGACUGGAUCGUUUUCAACAUACAGAAAAGUCCAACUCUCAGUGAAUUAAUUUUACACAGAAUCAACCCACAGUGAACGUAACUAGCGUUUAAGCACGAUGACACAAUAGCAGAUCAUGUCUACUAUAGGUACAAGUGACCUCACCAAUAUAACCCCAGAACAGGAACCUACAUCACCGGAACAAGAACCCACUACACCAGAACAAGAACCUGGCCGAAUUGUUCCGGAAGCGGAACCUGGAUGGCCGGAGCCCGAACCCGAGUGGUCAGUAGCGAUUGAGGAAUGGGGAGCUGCAUGGCCGAUCCACACAUAUUUCUUUGGAUGCGCGUUUGUUAUUGCAGACAUUUUAGCCAUUUGGAUUUUAGUUCGUGUGUUGAAGGACUCGAACAGACAGUACAAGGGCAGUCUAUCAGGGUCUCUACUGACAAUGCUGAUUCUCUUUUGUUCCCUGCGGUUUAUUUCUUUAAUAGUAGACCCUUACCACACGGAGAAAGUUUUCCAUGCAGUGUCUGCAAGAUUAUUAUGGUCACUAGGAAGUCCGUUUUUACUCUCAGCUUUCAGUUUAGUUCUUUUGGCGCUGAUUGAUACCACCAAAAUGAGCGUUGGGCCUCCUCGGUUUCAAAAAUUACCAGCUAUUUUGGGAUUUACAGCCGCUCACGUGACACUGGUCAUCUCAACGGACCUGUCCGUGUAUUUCUUCCCUGAAACCGACCCCCUUCUGGUUAUCUGUCAGGGCUUAUUCAUUCUCUUUGGGUUCCUGAUGUGUGUGGGAUACCUCUGUGUAGGAAAAAAGAUUCGCAGUAACUUGUCCUCCAGCUUCAACCAACUACCUCAAGAAAAUUCUGGAAUAUUACGACUGAUCAUGACGUGUUACAUUUCCUCAGCCAUCGGUUUUAUGAUAAUCGCCACACAUAUAUACGCCGCCUCUAGUGUUUUUGGUGUGUACAGCGACGUAAGAUUCGUGGAUUCUUGGUCAUGGUGGGCGCUACAAACACUGAUGCGUUCGGAAGAGCUAGCUGAAGUUAUAGUUGUAUUGUGUGUUGCAAAGAAGUCACUGCUCCCGAGAGACAUUUUCAAAAGAUUGACUUCCUGUUUGAUAUGCUGCAAAAGAAAUAAUGUCAAGAAAAUACAGAUUUUUCCAUUGGACGAUACGAUUGAGCAAAAUAACACUGUAAUUACUGAUUACAAUGACGUCCAACAAGUGAAUCAUUAUUGAUCAUGAUAUUGUUAUUAACUGUAAUAUAGCAGUUAUUUAGUUAUACUGUACAUGAAAUAAAUAAUGAGGAAGAUUAUACAAGUCAUUUUAUAUUCAUUACAUUCACGCAUGCUUGCUUGAUAUGUAUGGCAUGUCAAACGUUGCAAUAUUUGAUCUUUUCCAUUUUUAUUGUAUAAUUUUCCAUUUGUAUUCUAUAUUUUCCAUUUGCAUUGUAUAAUUUUUCAUUUGCAUUGUAUAAUUUCCAUUUGUAUUGUAUAAUUUUCCAUUUGUAUUCUAUAUUUUCCAUUUGUAUUGUAUAAUUUUCCAUUUGUAUUCUAUAUUUUCCAUUUGUAUUAUAUAUUUUUUUCGUUUGCAUUGUAUAAUUUCCAUUUGCAUUGCAAAAUCUUUCAUUUAUAUUGCAUCCGAGGGAUUGUUUAUUUUGAUUUGUUACGAAGGAUUUCAUUAGUUUAGGUCCCACUUAUAUUUAGCCGUCACCAGGUGACGUACCACAAAUAGACUUACUUAUGCUACAUGUAUGGGCACUGUGUCGUAGCAUUGGGGGUACUUUAACGUGUCAACGCCUGUCGAUAUUUACGUCUAAGGUUUGAUGCAGCCAUGACACGAGAAGAACUCGAACAUGCAACUUCACGGUUACGAACCAAAGGGCAUAUCACUGAACUACCGCGAUCGGUUCCAUAUAGGACUAGUUGAACAUACAUGUAGCCAGCAAUGAGGAAUCUUGCGCCGGGAGACACCCCCCCCCCCCCCCCCCCCUCUCCCUUCACAAAUGAUAUUUUAUAUACAGAUGUCGAAAAAAGCAUGCAUGUACGUUUUAUUUUGUCAGAACACACUUGUCCAGGGGACUUCCAGGGGCGGAUCCAGGAAUUGCGGUUACGGGGGCGCCACUUAAUUAUGAGGCACGGGGUCUGGGGACUGCCUCAAGUGGGUAGGGGUCCAGGGGGCGAAGUCCCCGGAAGCUCCUGGAUUUUACAGAUUUCAUAGGGCUUGAAAUAUGUCAUUUUUAAUCAAGUGAAAUUAGUAAAAUGACGCAAAUUUUAAGGGUUUCUGGAAAAAUUAAGUUCUCUCAAUAAAGUACUUCAAGAAAUCAAAA